CUUGCCCGGCCCCCUGCCCGGCCCCUGCUGAUUCGAGAGAGAUAAAAGGUCACCGCAUGAGCGUAGCAUUAUUUGACCAGUGGGCAUCGCAUGACUGGGUUCGAAGUACAGGGUUCAGGCUGUACGCAAGGCCAGGCCAUGACCACAUACCACACAGUGUGAAACGUCGAGCUAGAAAUGGCUGCCGUAUCUGCAGACAAGUUUGAAUUUGAUGUGUGCAUGCCGACGUAUGAUUACGUUUUUCAACCAGAUGUCUUGAGAAACAAGGUUGCUUUUAUCACAGGCGGUGGCUCAGGGAUCUGUUUCACCAUUGCCGAAGUUUUUAUGAGGCAUCAGUGUCAAACUGUCAUUGCCAGUAGGAAUCUUCAGCGGGUUCAAGUGGCUGCUAAAAAAUUGGAAAAAGCCACUGGCCAGCAGUGCUUACCACUUCAGCUGGAUGUCCGAAAGCCUCAGGAUGUGAUGAAAGGUGUUGAUGCAGCACUUGGCCACUUUGGAAAGAUUGACAUUCUCAUUAAUGGUGCUGCAGGGAAUUUCUUAGUCCCCGCUAGCGGCCUUUCAUACAAUGGAUUCAGGACAGUUAUGGAUAUCGAUGCUAUGGGAACAUACAACACCUCCAAGGCUGUCUACGAUAAAUACAUGAAUAAACAUGGGGGUGUGAUCAUGAACAUCAGUGCGACGCUUGCCUACAGGGGUCAAAUGUUCCAGUUGCAUGCCGCAGCCGCCAAGGCAGCCAUAGAUUCAAUGACAAGGACACUGUGUAACGAGUGGGGCCCCCAAGGCAUCCGUGUGGUGGGCAUAGCCCCAGGACCGAUUGGUGACACUGAGGGUAUGAGGAGGCUUGGUGGCGGUUUCUUGGGUAAGGAAGGGUUGGACAAGCUAGCUCAGAACCUGCCGCUCCAGCGCGUGGGCACCAAGUGCGAUAUUGCCGACUGUGCAGUCUUCCUAGCCAGCCCGGCCGCUAGCUACAUCUCAGGGCACACCGUGGUGGUAGACGGGGGCAGCUGGAUGACUGACGACAACAACAUAGAGGCUAUGGCAAAGAGGGUGGACAAUGCCAAAUUGUAGGUCUACUAAGGAUCAAUACUUGUAAUGUCUUGUUACUGGAGAAUGUCUAGGUUUUAAAAGCGUCAACAGGUUUUUCAGAAUAAGUCUGAAGGCCAUAAAGGUAAUUUUGUUUUAGUCUACAUUAGAAAAGGCAAACUUUGCUCCUGUUAGAAGUAGGGAUUAAGUUUAGAUGUUACAAUCUUAACCUGAAAAUGGCUGAAGCUAACAUACCUUAUAUGACUGAAACAAGUCCCUCUGGGAGAGAAGUUAACAAGCCUUCUAAGUUUUUCCAUAUCUGAAAAGCUUAAAGACUUCGUGAUUUUUUUUUAUACAUUCAGAAGGUAAUUUGCAUUUGAAGUCACUGUGUACUUAGACAUUUAAAAACCUCAACCCAACCUCAGGUAUGUGAAAUAUAGAUAUAAAAAUUGGAGGGUCGAGGACCGUUAGGGUCACUCUGUUGUGGAUGAAUGGAAUGUAGGAUUUUUUCAGAGUUCCAAGAAUUUUUCAUGUAAAUUUUCCUUUGAGCAACAUGCUGCUGUCUAAAGCAAUAAUUGGAAUAAUUUCAGUCAAGGUGUUUGCUCUUGAAGGAAAUUUAGUUCUCACUAAUAAAUUCUCUCUGUUAAUUUUGGGUGGAUUCCCUGUAAAUUUAAGGCAGUUUUGAGUAUUUUUGCACUGCUAAAUUAAAGUAUCCAAAGACUUUUUUGCAUUAUUUCUAAUAUGUUAAUGAAUCCAGAGGCAAUUUCCUUUUUUGUCCAAAUUAUUUGAGCAUUCCAACGAAGAAGUUGUAUAUUUUGGAUCAGUCAAUAUUGAGGCUUGUACUUUAUUUUACAAAUUGCAAAGCAAUCAUGUCUAAUAAAUUUCCAAUUAUAUAUUUUUAAA